GUGCUGUAGACGCCGAGGAAGCCCUGAAACCGGUGGUUGAAGAACUAGCCGGUUUGAAGCGCCAAAUCAAUGCUAUGACCUCUGCUAUCUUUGGAACUCGGAUCACUCAUCUUGGUGCAGAUAUGCGGAUGAAGCUCAAAGUGGCAUAUACAUUGGUUGAGCAGCUAUACUCUGGGUCUCAGCGAGCCAUUCGUACGGCGGCUUAUAACAAACCGGCGCCAACUUUGAUUAAGGAGACCCUUGAGAAGCCGGACACGUUACCAGCGCGUAUUGUCGAGUUGAAGAGAGCCGCUGCGAGAGCAGGAGCGUUAACCACCCUUAUUCGAACCAAGGCCUGGAUUCCGUACCUUGAAGCGGAGGAUAUCAUUAAAGGAUAUCCAGGCGUUAAAGAAGACGGUACAAACUUUGACAAUGAUGAUCUUCGGCGGUUGACCAAACAGAUGCGGCCAGUGGCCAACAAAUUGGCUAAGGACACCGAUUUGUCCCAUUUUCAACUGUUUUAUGAUGCAGAAGGGAAAAGACAGCCGACCGAUAUCCAUGAAGUCGAAGAACUUGUGCCUCCGAUUCGUAAGCACACUUACGCCCCUGAUAUUAACCCUUCUGAUCUUAUCCAUGAGGAAGCAGUGUUCCAAGCUUUAAUCGGAAUCGAUUGGUCAAUGGCUGAUUUCCAGCGGCUGGGGAGGGAUGAAGAAGUGUCAUCUGGCUUCCCCAUUAAUUCCCGCGACCAUUAUAACCUUACUCUCUUCAACCGUUCGAUCGUGCCCCACAACACAGCAAGCGCACCCACGACGACACAUACAAAGACGAUAUCUAGCAGCGCUUCAAUGGAGUUCGGCGUGUAUAAAGUGGACACCCAUGCAUGGGAGAUGGAUCUCUCAAUGGUGUACACCAUCGCCCCGGCUGUGGUGGACGAGUACAUUAACACUGUGGAGCAGUUGCUUGCUCAAGACAAUUACAAAUUGGUCGACAUCAACCUCCAGCACACUGGCGGUCAUCUCGGGAUAGAUCAUAAGAUUGUUGUUGCCCAGUUGUGCGUGCACUAUAAUGUCCUCAUCUACCAAUACUGCAUGGCCACAAAGCCUUGUGACCAUUUCGCCGGGUUUGUCAACAACAACGACUACAAGUUCGCUAUGGUGGAAACCUCUGGCUAUGUAAAAGCGCUCAAGGUUACGUGCUUGGUCUGCAAGAACCUUGCCGAAAUCCCUGGCCACUACAAGGUCUAG